ACAAGAUACGAUAUUGCUUUUGCUUCUCUUCUUGUUUUCUUGUGUUGUAGCUUUUCUCACUUUUCCACACUCACACUCACACUCUCUUUCUCUCUCUGUGUAACGACUGAGAGAGAGAGAGAGAGAGAGAGGAGGGAGGGGGGAGUGCAAGCUCUAGGACCCUUCAUUUCAGGCGGAUAAACCGGUGUGUGUUUACAGAUCCAAGAGUACUAGAAAAAAGCUUAGGUAAUUUUUGCAGCUCUUUGCUGCCUUUUGCUCUCUUCUUUUUCUUUUUGUUUUGGGUCCCUGAUUAGAUGAGACACUCUAAAGUGUAAAGAUCACAUUUUUUUCACUGCAUUUCCAUCUGUCGGCUUCGUUUUUUGCUGCUACAAGUUUCUUCUGUUAUCAUCAGCUAACCUCUCUCUCCCCCCCCCCCCCCCCCCCCCCGAAUUUGUUGGUGCUCGUCUGUGUGGUCUUGGCUAAAAAUCUAUAUGUAGAUGGAGGAGGGUGAGGAUUUAAGAAAAUGGGAUGAAUUACUACCUGAUGCACUAGGCCUAAUAUUCAAGAACCUCUCACUAUAUGAUGUUCUAACAGUAGUACCAAGAGUUUGCAAAUCGUGGGGGCGAGCAGCUACAGGUCCUUACUGCUGGCAAGAGAUCGAUAUUGAAGAAUGGAGUCGAAACAGGAAGCCUGAGGUCGUUGAUAGAAUGCUCCGAUUGCUGAUAGCAAGAAGCUGUGGCUCUCUCCGAAAACUCACUGUCUACGGCCUCUCUUUGGACAAUACCCUUUUAUUCAUAGCAGAUCAUGGUCAAUCUCUACGAAGUUUGAGACUGCCAAGAUGCGAAAUAAACGACACAGUAGUGGGAAAGGCUGCUGGAAUGCUGUGUGGUCUCACAUUUGUAGAUUUGAGCUACUGCAUAAGUGUUGGAGCUCAAGGCCUGGAGGCAUUAGGGAAGAACUGCAAGUCUCUGAGCAGCUUAAGGUGGAUCAUGCACCCGUUGGAGGUGAUCGAGAAACUUUCCCAAGACGAUGAAGCCCUCGCCAUUGCUGCCACGAUGCCCAAGCUCAAGAAUCUCGAGAUAGCCUACUUGCUCGUGGAAACGGCUAGUAUCAUCGAGAUUCUCAGCAAGUGCAAGCACCUUGAGCUCCUAGACGUGCGCGGAUGCUGGAAUGUGAAAUUGGACGAGAAGUUUGUGAAGAUGUUUCCUAAGUUGAAGGUGGUUGGCCCCCUCGUGGUGGAUUGCUACGACAUGAACGGAUGGGAUAACUGCUCGGACUACUCGGGGUCGUCUGGCUACCUCGCGUGGGACUUUGUUGCGGGAGACGACGAUGAUGAUGACGACGACGAGGACUAUGCUGACAUGCUCGAUGACUUGUGGGGGGAUGGGAACCCGAUGGACGACGUGGAGAUGUGGUUCUACGACGAUGUGCAUGCGGUGGAUGCCGGCUAUGAUUGGCCGCAGUCGCCUUGAGUGAGGUAUGGAUGUGAUGAAGGUGUUUGUUAUGUGUGUUGAGUGUGGUUGUUGGAGGUAUCCUAGAGUUAGGUUAUAAAUGUGUAAUGAAUUUGGGUGUGUAUGAAUGGAUAUGUGCAAGUUUCCUAUGCCUAACGCAUCAAUCAUUUGCAUCUAGUGGAAUAAGACAUGCAUUGCUCAUUCCUGCUACUCUUAGUAUAUUGCAGUUGGGAGAGUUUGUACAUUAAAUCAUUUUUCAGAGGAUUUGAAAUGCUAAAGGCUUGAGAUUCUGGGUUCGA